AUGACCAAUGGAGGUUGGACCCUGGUCGGCCAGAUUGCUGGCAAAUUCAAUAUCACCGACGACUGGCUCCGGGUCUACCACGACGAAUCCCAGCUUCAAACUCGAACCAUCACCAACAAUACGUGGGCCAGUAUCCCUGCAGUCGACAUGGCCGUGAACUGCGCAACGGAGGCACAGCGAGCAGUUGUUUCCCUGAAGGUGGUGCCAUGCUUGUCGCGUAACGUCCGCGCAGCGUUCGAGCAACGUUCGUUCGCAUGCGUUGGCUUGAGAGUCUUCACGUAUCUUGAGAGUCUGCGCACCUGUCUUGUUGGGACCUGCUCGCAGCUGCUCGCAGGCCAGGCCGUGAUCGACGCUGCAACCGGCCACCAAGUGCUUGUCUAUGACCAAGGCGGUGCCAAUGAGACUUGUUUUCAGAAUCGCUACGGCAUCAUGAAGCUCUUCGAUCAUGGCGGAUCCUAUCCCACUGCCAGCAAAAACGAUAUCGGCAACACAUUUCCAGAUGAUUUGUGCCUGGCUGUUGGUGUGCAACCUGCCGGUUCCUUCAACGGCUUCACGCAGAACCAGAACGGAUAUGACGCUCCCACAAGCGACACGGACUGGCCAAAUGAUGCGCUGCAAGGCGCCCCCAUGCUGAGCGUCUGGCUGAAGUAG